GGAUCCUGGUAAAGCUCUUUUAUUGUAUAAGAAAUCGGCUGAUGCAGGAAAUGCACGUGGACAAGUAGAACUUGUAGAAUUUUAUGAAGGGAGAGAUAUUAAUGUAGCAUUCGAGUUAUGCAAAAAAUACGCAGAAAAUGGGAAUUUAGCUGCCCGAUAUUUACUCGGUAAUUAUCAUCUAAAGGAAAUUGGAACGGAAAAAAAUAUCGAAAAAACAAAGAAUCAUUUUCAACAAGCGGCAGACCUUGGUUUAAACCUUCAUACGAUAAAUUAA